UGUCGACAUGCCGAACUAUGAAUAUGAUGACUGGAGAAGUGAAGUCAUGCGAGAGCUGGACGAACAAGGUGUAUCAGUUCUGCUUAACGUUCUCAGUGCUGCAGAUAGCGACAUCUUUCGAUGUCAAUUACACCAAUGGUACAAGGACUUGGAUGUCCAGGGUCGGAAACCAUGUAGCAAAGUCGGAUUGGCAGCACAUUACCGCGUUGGACACCUAGAAGCUUCUUGGAAUGUGAGGUUAAAGGUCAAAGAUGUUUUUGCGCAAGUCUGGGGAACACGGAAGCUAUUAUCCAGUUUUGAUGCAGUGUCUGUUUGCGAACCGCCUGAGCUAGGCUACACCGAGUUCUACGACCCCAGUUUUCACUGGCUUCACAUCGACCAGUCCGCUGAGCGCCGCGGGCUACAUGCCUACCAAGGUUCUGUGACAUUGGAAGACAUAGCCGAAGACGAUUGGCCCUUUUUGGUCAUGCCGGGCUCGCAUGUAUUCCAUGAAGAAUUUUACCAAACGUUUCCCGAGGCUGUUGAAGGAAGCAACCAUCUGACUUAUCAUGAUUUGACCGACGCGCAAGUGGAUUGGUACAAGAAGAAGGGUUGCGAGUUAAUACGAAAACCGGUUCCUAAAGGAGGCAUGAUAUUAUGGGACUCUCGUACCGUCCACGCCAAUGCAAGGCCAAAGCGAGGUCGUAAACAUCACGAUAGAUGGCGCUACGUUGUGUUCGUCUGCAUGACGCCAGCCAUAUGGGCUUCAGAUACAGACAUCGCAGAUAAAAAACGGGCCUUCAAUGAGCUGAAAAUGACAGGACAUUGGCCAUCACAGAAAAUAAAAGUUUUCGACGAAUUGGAUUAUUCUGGAAUUCGUGUCAUCACCGACUUGCCGACAGUGGCAAAAACGGACGAAGUGAGGCGUCUGGCAGGCGAUUUGGGCUAUGAUUUCUCUAACGACGAACCCAAUGGACCGUCAUGGCGUCCAAAGUGGGGUGGAGAUAAAAAUUGAAAAUGUGUGAACUAGAGGAAACUGACUUCAUAUCUUAAAUUGCACCUGACAUUAUUUUGCAUUAUAGUUAAGACAUGUGUGGGCAUGAAACAUUUUAAUUAUCAAAGUAAAGUAGGCUAUAAGUAGGCCUAAUACAUAACUCUACUGUAUGUCCACAAAAAAGCUCCAAACUUUUUGAAACAUUUUUAUAGCCAUUUAAUUCAAAGGUUAUUGUGCAACGGACACACGACAAAAAAGUGCAUUUGUUACUGUUCUACCUUGGCAACCUGGACAAAUCCUUAUUUUCCUACCUAUCUUUUUUUCUUGAGCAAAAUUGUUAAUAGCCUAAGCUUGGUAGUCGGAUCAUAAAUGAAAAAUUAUCUUACACAAGCCGAAAAUCUUUCAUGCUCUUAGACCCCAUUCCCACAGAUUUUAGAUCGAUCUAUCCCUGUGGGGAGUCUCACUAGA